AUGUCGUCUGUUCAGGUUGGAGGAGGUUUGUUUCAGUCAGAUGCUGUGAAAGGCCAGAGACAUUCUCUUCCUCAUACAUCCCACUCCAGGCUUAACCCUGAGAGCAGUAGUUCCUGCUUAUUCCAGCAGAAACCCAAAGCGUCAGUUAACACAGGGGAGCGAUUCAUCCACCAUCCUGAUCAGAAAAAAGAUAGACUGGAGAAUAGAGACCACAAAACCUCUCAUUGUAGCAACAUGUCCUUACAGAAGGAAUUAAGCACCCCUCACCACAAGACUAGUCCAGAGGGCAGGAUGUCCCUAUCUGCAAAGAGAAAAAGGGAGGGUAGUACAGACAAUGAGAAGGAACUUAAACGGCCGUGUGUUGAUUUCCAACCCACCUCGAGCUCUUCCAUUAUAAACUCGCCUUUAAAGUUCGUCAAGCGUGCUUUUGUGAAGUCCAGCAAUGAGUCUGUGAUAACUAUAAAGGAGAAAGAGUCCCCUAAACCGCUUCCUGCCGCACCAAACAGCAACAACAAACCAAGACCUCCGCCUUCCAUCGCCAGGCAGCUCUUUGAACCAUGUAAGGACUCAAAUACAGGGAGUGACAAACCUCAUUCAUUUCAACUCGGUAAAUCACCCACGACUGCAGAGCCUAAAGAUGCUAUGGUGGCACGAGCCAACAAAAAUCCCAAAGCUCCACCCAGCCAACCGCAUUUGCACAACGUCUCUCCGAAGUCGAGCACAACGUUCGACAGCAUCGAGACCCUCUUUACUUCAGACUGCUUACCAUCACCAAAAACUCAUAACAAAAAAACAAAUGCUGAGAGAGAAGCUUGUACAGUCUCCACACACACAAGCCCCACUUCUGACCAUAAGGAGAGUGUUAAAAUUCACUUGUCCCCUCAUCAUCCUGAUCUAAGAUCACCCAGCUUUGCAGAACAAGCCAGUUCAUGCAAGAUGGAAACGGAUGAAAGAACGCAGUUGAAAGUGGAGCAGUCACGCAGCCCCAAGGCUAUCAUGCCUGCCCCAGCUGUUUCGGUGAAAGAAGAAUCAAGAGAACAGAAGUGCUGCCCCCAGUGGAAAGAUCCCUUAGAUAUUGAGUUGGGAGAUGACUCUGGUGAUGAGCUGAGAGAACACUGCAAUAUCAGCCUCAGCAGCAGCAGCAGUGGUCAUGAAGAUGAUCCGCUGCCAUCUCUGGAGAAGCUGAUGAGUCGGAGAGACCAUGUGCCGGUUACUCCCGAAAAAGAUGCUUUCUCAGAACCCAACACACCCAUCUCAAAAGCAGCACCCGAGGCAGUGAAAACCAAAGCCGUUAGUUAUAGAAAUACACUGGAGCAGAUGCUGCAAGAGAAGGAACAAUAUCAGAGGUCAAAAGAGUUGGAGAGACAGUUACUUGAGUCAUGUGAAGAGGAUCUGCUGAAUUUAUAUGAGGAUGAGAACAGUGAAAGUAAAGAGGAAGACAUCUCACUUGAGCAAAGAGAAUUUUUGCAAAGGUUCUCGGUCGCCUCAUGUGCCAUCAGGGACAUCCACCCAGGAGAGGAAGUAUUCUUACCUGCUAGGUUUGGUCGACUCUUCAACCACCUAACGCUGGACCUGAGGAAGAUUAGUGUGACUCCGCAUAACAAAUCACAACAAAUCCUCCUUCAGGCCCGUACUGAGCAUGUGCUGUCUCUGAUCAGUGCUGGCUUGUUGAGGAAAGCCUACUUUUCUUUCCCUUGUCAGCCUGAGGUUACAUGCUGGCUUUUCCAGAUGAUGUCAGUUCACCCAAACCCCAUUAUUUCCUCACACAUCAUGCAGUCCUUGCAGACCAUUGCUCUGUCUGCUGCUCAUCACAUAGUUGAACACCAGAGCCAAAGUUUUAAAGUGUGGGUACCCUCUGUACGGGACAUCACCCUGGUUUUCCUGAACAUGGGGGCGUCAUUUAUCAGUCUGUUCCCUUUGGAGGCUCUGCAACCCCCUUUUACUGAGGGAGACCUUUUAGAGAGCUUUCAGCUGGAAGAAACCAGCCAAGACCGAGUGCUAUCUGACAUGAAAGACAAUGCUACUUUACCAGUACAUAAUUUGGAGAGUGUUCUCAAUUACCUCUCCCUGUGUACUGCAUUGUGUCCAAGAGCGUACACUGAUGAGGAGCUGAUGUUGCUUCUGGCGGUGGUGUGUAGAAUUGGACUGGAGACUCAUUUUCAGCUGCUACCAACUGGACACUUUAGCCUCCUGCUCCAGAAUCUGCUCAAAAACAUCACACACUGGGAUGUACAGAAUGAUCUGCGGAGUCUUUCUUCUCAGCUGGAGAAGCAUAUUAAGUGUGACAUAAGGGAGAGCGAGAAAAUGCUGUAUAGGAGCAAGGUGAAAGACUUUGUAGCAAGGAUAUACACCAAGUGGCAGGUGCUUCUCACACGAACGAGGCCUCAGGAGGGAAAGCUGUAUGAUUACUGGAAGCCCCCACCAGAGGAUGAGGUGUCCAGCAGUCCUCAGGGCCAGUCCUGCAUCAAAUCACAAGACACUUCAGAGAGUGCAGAAGAAACUCUGACCACAGAGUGGAGCAGUACAGAAUCAGAUGUAGAUGCUGAGAGCAAAGAGGAAGAAGAGAACUUGCCGAAAGAGUGUGAGGAACCCCAACCUCUGGAGAAUGAAGUGAAGAUCGAACGAGAUGAAGAAGAUAGCGUGGAAGACAUCAGUAAUGAAGAGGAGGAAAAUGAUGAGCCAAAGCAACAGCUGAUAGAGCUAGAGGAUGAUAGAAAGUUUGAACCAAUAUCUGAUGAAGAGCUGUUUGAAACUCAUGAAGACUUGGAGUGUGAGAAACCUCAACUUCUGGAGAGAGAGGUGAAUAUCGAACGAGAUGAUGAAGAUUGUAUGGAGGACAUCAGUGAUGAAGAGGAGGAAAAUGAUGAGCCAAAGCAACAGCUGAUGGAGCUAGAGGACGAUAGAAAGUUUGAACCAAUAUCUGAUGAAGAGCUGUUUGAAACUCAUGAAGACUUGGAGUGUGAGGAUGAUGAUGAUCUCAUGAACAGAGAGGAGGAGCUUCUAAAAGAUGAAGAGCCUCAUGAAGAAAAUAGAAAGCACAUACCUGUAAAAGAAAACACUGAGGUGUUAGAGGAGCUUGAGGACUUGUUAAAGAGCUGAGAUGAAAAAGGAAACGAGGGAUGGAUUUUGAGAAGUCUGAGAAAAAAUAGAAACAUUCUCAGGUCAUUUCGAAAGAUUUUUACACCGCACCUUUAUUGCCAUCCAUGCAUAUACAUUAUGUGGGGUUUUGUGCAUUCAUUAAUGUUCAUAGAGUCUUUCAGUAACACACGUCAUUCCUGUAGUUGUUUACAAAUGGUUUAUAAUAUAUAUUCUGUGUAUGUGUUCUGCAUUUACCAGUUGUUCUUAAUUUGUUUUUAUUCUUCUUUUUUAAGAUAUAAGAUGUCUUAUUGAAUGUUUGGCCUCCAUUUCUCUGAAAAUGAGACCAUGAACAUAUUUUUAUGAAUAUACAUUUCAUUAGGGAUAACUUGUAAUAUCUAUGUGGUUAAUGUGCACACUGGUAGUUUUCAGGUUCAACUCUUUAUGCUGCUGUCAAAUCUAUUUUAUUUUUAUUUUUAUUUUUUUACUUACCCCAAAAAUCUGGAGCAUCUUCAUCCAGAAAAUAUCACUAUAACAGCAAAAGCAAGGGCUUAAAUAAUAGGCAACAUUUCUCUGUAGGUUCCAAGGAUGUUUAAGCGUCUUAGUAGGCUUGAGUACAGAGUGAAUAUAGUGUAUUUGUAUUAUUUUGGUGUUAGCAAUCCAGUCUUCUUCAAAAAAGGCUAACUUUAGAGUGAUGUUUGUCAUAAGAAUUAAUUAAAAACUGAUUUCUGUAUUUCUUAAAAAGUGAGAAAAUCCUUUGGUUAUUUUUAUGAAAAUAAAUACUCGGUCUGAUAAACAGG